UCCUUCCUACCAGUCUAUGGCAACAGGCAGUUCCAUUUAACUGGUUUUUAUCUUAAAAAAUAAUACUAAUCCUACCAUGUCAAGGCUUCUUAAAGGUUCCUGCACUGGCGAUACUCCUCUAAAUGAACCUUUGAGACAUCAAGGCAAGUGCCAAAUUGCUGCAAGGAACAAUUCAAACCGGCAACCAGGGAAAGUGGUUGGAUGCUCAAAUUGGGGAAUGGCGGUCAACGUGUACUCUACCUCUAUAACCCAGGAGACUAUGAGCAGACAUGACAUCAUUGCAUGGGUUAAUGAUAUAUUAGCUUUAAACUACACAAAAGUUGAACAACUCUGUUCAGGAGCAGCUUACUGCCAGUUCAUGGACAUGUUGUUCCCAGGGUGCAUCAGCUUGAAGAAAGUAAAGUUUCAAGCAAAGCUGGAGCACGAGUACAUUCACAACUUCAAACUUCUGCAGGCAUCAUUUAAAAGAAUGAAUGUGGAUAAGGUAAUUCCUGUGGAAAAACUGGUCAAAGGGCGCUUCCAAGACAACUUAGAUUUCAUUCAAUGGUUUAAGAAGUUCUUUGAUGCUAACUAUGAUGGGAAGGAGUAUGAUCCUGUGGAAGCUCGACAAGGCCAAGAUGCUCUUCCUCCACCAGAUCCUGGUGAACAGAUCUUUAACCUGCCCAAAAAGUCUCACCAUGCAAAUUCUCCAACUGCAGGUGCUGCUAAAUCCAGUCCAGCUUCUAAACCAGGAUCAACACCUUCUCGCCCAUCUUCAGCAAAAAAAGCUGCACCAAGCAGCUCGGCAUCCAAAUCAGAUAAAGAUUUGGAAACUCAAGUCAUACAGCUCAGUGAACAGGUACAUUCAUUAAAACUUGCACUUGAAGGCGUGGAGAAGGAAAGGGAUUUCUACUUUGGCAAAUUAAGGGAGAUUGAACUUCUCUGCCAAGAACAUGGGGGAGAGAAUAAUGACCUUGUCAAUCGGCUAAUGGAAGUCCUUUAUGCUUCAGAUGAACAUGAGAGCCACACAGAUGAGCAUGAAGGUGAAGAGCAAGUCCAUGAACAGCCCCAGCAGCAGGAUGAGUACUGACUCAUGCAGCAUCUCUGACAAUUUUCGUUUUGUGUGAGAACUUUCUUCUGGAGAAUGGAACAUGUGCGGCCUCAAACUUGAAAUCAGUUCACUCCCAGUCUGCCAUUAACAUUUAUGUACCAUAGUGAGUGCCAGCCAACCACUGCAUUCUGUACCAAUACUUUGCCAAGAUGCAUUUGCAGACGUCUUCUUUCAGUGUAUCUUCCCAAGAGGUGGUAGGGCUACAUCACCUACUGUACAUCACUGCAACGUCACCACUUGGCUGCUUGAGAUUUGUUCUGCUCUUUAAAAAUAUAUAUAUUUAUUUUUUUUUCUUUUUCGUCUUAAAUAUGAUACACUUGUAACUUGUUCUAACAUAUUUAUAUUGGCAUUUUGUGUGGCAAGGAGUUCUGUACCACUAGCUGUGUCUCUCACUUUGUGGUGCUUUUACAUUUUCUAGUACAUCUGCCUUGGGGCAUCAGUUUGGCCAAACAGUUGAAAUAAAGGGAUACAGUGGAUGUCAUACUCAAGCCAUAACGAUGAGGCUGUGUUGUGGAGGAAAACACUUGUGUUGCUCACAUUUAUUCCUUUCCUGUCUUCACAAAUGGAAGGUGGAGCAUCUGUUUCACUGGGAGAUUAAGUCCCUGUGUUAGGAGGCUUGUUAGAAAGCUGCAUGGUAUGUUUUUUGGCUGAUUUCUGGAGGAACACACAUCCUCUUAAGCUUUUUGAAAACCCUCCCAGUUUCCUAACUAGUCAGUAGACAUUUCCCAGCUUUUCUUCUUUUCUGAUGAAUCCAGUCCCAGCCUCCAGCUGCAGCUCUACCUCCGCAGAGCUCAGUGCUGAGGGAAGAGAGAAAUCUCCUUGACACAAGUGUAGCUGCAGGACACAGUCUCUGCCAUCAUCCUUGGCUUCCCACCUCUCAGAAAGGGAGAAAGUAGGCCAGCCAUCUCCUUCCACUUUCCUUCCCCCUUCCACUGCCCCAGCCAUGCAAUACAGAAGACAGAAAUUUUGUCACUAGUGCAAAGUACAGGGGAAAACAGCAACAGCAUUGGCCUCGAACCACACCUCAAACUCCCCGUAAGUGGAUGGUCGACACUUCACAGGUUUAAGGCUGCUUCCAAAGCAUGGAGAGGCAGUGAGGAGUCCUCCUGGAGACAGGGCACACAUCAGAAGGGGAACAUCUGACUGGGGGCACAGAGCUGUUUCUGUGCUUGGCUGACCUUCCUUCUUCGAGGCCAGUGUGGUGCAGAACCAUGUGUGCACUGGAGAUGUCUGCAGUGGGAGUGUUCCCUUCCAGUGUGGUCCCAUGGCCCUGUUCUAAAUGAUGAUAUUUUAUAAACAGAGGCAUCUUGAAGUAUAAAAAGCAUUCCUUGUUCUUCUCCUACCAUUGUGCUUUGUAGUCUCUCUGGUUAUUUAAUGCCUGGUAUUCUUGGUCUCUCGCUUCAUUUUCUGAAUUCUGUUUUGUUGUGCUGAUUUAGCAGGUACGUGGAAGUCCCAUCCCAAAUGGCAUUCACUGAAAAACUCCACAGUCUAUUGAACAGCAUUUUAUUUUAGGCAUUCUUAGGUUCCUAAAGCAUUAGGUCCCCAGCUUAUGCUUCCAUAGAAAGAUUUCCAGUGAAUCAGCCCCCAGGCACACACACAUGCACAUGCAGUUUUCCAUUCCUAAUCAAUCUUCUGCAGCUAAGUGGCUCUUAGUUAAAUGUGAGAACCCUGCUGUUGUGUCACACCACCGACAAUAUAUAAAAUGCUGUUGAGCACCAAAACAGGUAUUACCAGUUUCUUGAUCCUCCCCCUGCACAGCAGAAGAGUUUCUGGACCCUGCAGGCUGAAGUUUUCCUCUCCCGUUUCAAUUGGUUACAAGUAAGGUCUGGUUUAUAAAAUCAUGUUUUUUCCAAAAUAAUUAUUUCCAAGAAUCACCACAAAUGGGGGAAUUGUCAUUUUUGUUGUAUUUGUGUUUAUUAGAACAUAUGUACUUAUUACAAUUGUCAUUGUAAUAAACAGUAGUUCUUCAUAA